UUUCUAGGCAGCUAGGUUUUAGUUGUUUGUUCUUUACGGCUUGCUCUUCGUCUCUUAUGUCCCCUUAUCUUGCUCAAAAAUUGUUGUAAAUACAAGGUUUGUCGACCAGGCGGUGAAGUUUGAAAUGUGGAUAAUUUACUUCAAUUAAGACUUCGCUUCUAUUUUGAUAUAUUCGUGAAUUUAUGAUUAAUGGAGAUGCACAUCGAAAAGGGCGUUUUCCAUCUCAUGAAUGCUUUCGUUAUGUCCUUCCAUAGGCUAGGCCUCUAGGUCUCCCUCCUGACGUGGAACGUGGUACAACAUGCCUGGGUAUCGGGGACACCAGCUAGCCUACGCCUAGGCUGGCUAGGCCUAGCAAGUCAACUGUUGCCUGAGCACUAACCCAGUCAACUCACCAAUUGAUUGGCAAACAUAAGCAUACAGCAUAGUCCCUCUGGCCUAGGCCUACCCUAGGCCCUAGAUAGUAUAAAUUUGUAAUCUCAGGCUUAGCUCUACUAAAAAACAAUGAUGGCUUCCAAGACGGCUAGUACACCAACAGAGCCGGAGAUUUCAACAAAUGAUGAGGCUAGUCUUUUUGGUAGCAAUGGAAAUGAAUAUUUUGAACUGCGAAUUCCAGAAAAUAUCGUUGAAUUACAACAAGGACAAACUCUAUCUGAAGAAGAGUUGAAUGAAUUUGAUAAAUGUCAGGGCGAAAUUGAUAACUUCAAAUUGGAAGUGCUCAGGUGCAAGUUGUGCAAGUACAGGUGCAUAUUCCGUGAGGAAAUUAUACAUCAUAUGAAGAAUGUCCACUUUGAAACAGAAAGAGACAUGUCAUCAAUUGCAACUGUUAUCGAUGUUCUCAUGGAAGGGUUGUCGUCAGAAGUCCAGAAAUCCCAACACUACCUUGACAUGAAUUCUGGCAGCCACAUUGAUAACAAUAGUGAUAAUACAGAACAAACACUGAAUGAAUCAGAUAGCAACAUUGUACUCCCGAAUGAUGGGCAAACUAUUGCAUUGCCAGAUGUAUUGUCAAACAGCCAAGAUGACGAGCAGCAUUUUGAUUCAUCAGAACAAGUGGAACAGAAAUCAAGUGGUGGUGAAGCUGCUAACCAUGUGCCAUACCAAGGUGAACUAGAAACACCACUGGGUAGGCCUAAGAAGGGGGUCAAUGCUGUACUCCAUUCCCGAGUGGACCUCACAGCCAUUGCUAAAUCUGCAGCAGCGUGUAACCCGAAGGCAACCAGGAUAACUGUUUUUCAACAUCUCAAUGAUUCUGACAUUCCUUCUGCAAUACACUUUCGUAAGAGCAGCAAAAGUGAUGCUAUCAUCCCAACCCGAGAUUCUCUAGGCAUCACAUCUCCCUUUCUAAACAAAGAUUAUCGUGGCAAAAAGCAUUUUGCUUGCACUCAGUGUCAUUCACGAUACAAAACAGAAACAGAACUAACAAACCACAUUCAAAAGAAACACAAACGUGGUCAAUCAGUACUCUGCGAAAUAUGUGGCUUGGAACUUGCCUCACAGAUAAGUGCGAAAUACCAUGCUGCACGUAUGCAUAUGACGAAAAGUGAACUCUUCCAAUGCAAUAAGUGUGAUUACAUGACAAGGUUUGAAAAGCGUCUAGAAAUACAUCGUGCGAAACAUCAAUCUGAAUUUUACUGCGAGGCAUGUAAAAAAUCAUACGUGAGCCAGCAAAAACUAGAUAAGCACUACCAGUCACCAAUGCACAAGCACAUCAUUAAUCCGCUGAUAUGCGAACAUUGUGGAUAUAGCUCAAACAAGAAAGACAACUUUUUAGUACAUAUGCGUAAACACACAGGUGAAAGGCCAUAUAAGUGUAACCACUGCCCUUAUGCUAGUGCUGAUGGAAGCACACUCAAGAAACAUGUUAUGGCCAAGCAUUCCAACAUCAGACCAUUCAAAUGUCAGUGGUGCACCUUCUCGUCUGUUGACAAAAAGGGAUUGACCAUUCACCUUCGAAAACACACAGGGGAGAGACCGUUCCGCUGCAACCACUGUUCUUAUGCAGCCAAAAGAAGAAGCGCCCUCAAGGUUCACAUGCAAACGCAUGUGCAGAGCUCAGAGAAAAAGGUCACAGAGAACGAUGAUCCUAUUAAGAUCCUCAAUAAACUCCAGUCAACUGAAGGGACAAUUACCACACAUUCUGAUGAUUCAAACCUUCAAAGCCUGCAAGUUGUUCACAACCAGAUUCCAGAUUCUCAGCAACAGUCCAUCCUUCCACACACUUCACAAAAUACUGUUCCAGAGAACCAGGCACACAAUUCUGGUGUUAUGCAAAACCAGGUAGGCAUCAUUCAAAUGCCAGCAAGCCGAACACCAGUGCAACAGAACCAAGGUGCUCAGUCAGCAAUUUUACAGCAGCAACGACGUAUCCUGCCAAAACCGCAGCACGAAACAUCGAGGUUUACUCAGCAAGUGACUGAUACAACUCCAAUGGUAACAAAUGCUGAGCAAGAAACUGAGCAGUCUGUAAGAUCUAUGUGGCAGAAUAUGUAAUGAGAUAUGUUAAUGUACAACAACUCCUCUUGGAUCCAGAUCAUCAAGAGUAAGCAGGGAGCAGAUCCAAAAUUGUUCAAACGGGGGAGGGGGGCACAACAUUUUCAGAAUAGAUAAGCUAGUAUUGCUUAUUUCAAUUAUACAUAACAUUGAUAUGCACUAAAAUGUUUUAAUUUAGUGGCAAAAUUGGGGCUCAUGCCCCCCCUGUUCCCCCUAGUGGAUCCGCUCCUGGUAAGAAUAGCGGUGUGUGUGAGCUCGGUAUGUGGCAGAAGGUCAGUAGUCUAAAGUUGAACUUGCCUAAGUCGAAUCCAAAAGGCCAUUGAAAAAUUGUUCAACUUAGAUAAAAUUCACAACAAUUUGGCUUGUGAAAUAAGUUCGACUUAGAAAUUAUUUGAGUUAGGCAAAGUCGACUUAAGCAAGUUUAACUGUAUUUUCUGUUUACGUGUGUGGUGUAGCGGUAAGUCUUCGGAUUUUAAAUUAAGAUAACAUUAAUUUGAGACCGGCGCUCGUCCCACUGCUUGUAUCCUUGGAAAUGAUCACUUCAUUUGUCCAACAGAGUAAUCGCCGUCAGUGUGGAAGUACAUAAGUGUUCCAGUGUAGCAUGGCGCUUUUUGGAGGAUUAUGAUACCUAUAGGGAGAGGCAGCUAAUUGCAAAUUCAUGUGGUGCUAAAAUUGUACUAUGUAAUUGUGUAUGGCUAUUUGACUUAUUACAUCAUGAAUAUUAUUUAAUUUAUUAGAAAUCAGUUGCUUAAUUAUAUCCCGAUGAUGCAAAAUAUAAGAAAAUGAAAAUGGAGAAUUUGUUUACUAUAUGCCAAGUAAAAGAAAUAUAUAAUUAUGUCGAUAAAUUAUAAUAGUUGGCUUUAAUUGUAUGUACUGUACUGAGGGUCCCAAUUGAUCAGAUCUGGCUGGAUGGACCACCAACCUCACAAAAAUUUUAUUAAAAUAAAUAAUAAAUAAAUAUAGUAAUCUAUCAUGAUAGUGCUUUACUGUAGUUCUACUGUAUUUGGUGGGAACAUUGUGAUAUCUAAAGCUGGGCACUCACUGAACCCAACGGUCGUUGGCCGAUGCGAUUCUAUAAGGAACGCAAAGAUCUUAUAAACACAAGAUAGCAUUCUCCGCGAGUUAUGCGUAACAAAUAGCAGCAUCGAUUUGGCAGCAGAAAGUAAUCAUUUUUGGGAGAGGGCGUCCUAGUUGUUGCCAUAGAUCUGAGACAAGGUGUUCGUGUUACGCCAAAGUUUGUUACCAAGUACGUUAUUGUUCCUUAAUUGUAAAUCGAAGCUUCUAAUUGUUACGCGUGAAGGUAAAUUCGCGCGGUGUACGCCAUAGUCCAGGCAAAGUUCAAAAAUAUUUUCAUUUUUGCAAGAGGGUGCCGUAGACUGCGUUAUUACAGAAUGUGCACACGUAUAUCGCGGAGAACGUUAUCUUGUGUUUAUAAGAUCUUUGAGGGAAUGCAACACCAUUACAGUGCGCAACAGGGAACUGAGUUGGAUUACUGCUGUCGUACGAUGCAGUGAGUGCCCAGUAUAUUUCAUAAGUACAGAUGCAUGUACUACUACUAGUAAAUGCUGAUGCUUAAAUGUAGGCUUAUGUUCACAACCAUCACAUAGUCAAUCUAAACUAGUAUAAGAGCCAAGUGUAAAACUGUACCCACAAGGAUUCCUUUAUUGUUAAAAAUACCAAAUUUUGGCUUUGAAAGAGAGCCCUCUAUAAUAAUUGUCUCAGUCUCUAUAUUGUUACUAAAAUUAGAUGGUUGAGAAUUCAACUCCGAAACUUGCCAGUUUAUUGUGGGCAAAGUAUGCUAUCAAAAUUGGCUCUCGACAUCACUGAGUGUAAAUGUAUAAAAAGUAGGUUAGAAUUUCAAU